AUGCAGGUCAAGCUCGACUGCGACUUGAACACGACGAGUAUGCCACCAAGUGCAGUCGACGAAGAGUUGAAGGCCGAGGCGGAAGAGCGCGUGAAGCUUCGCCGGACAGAGCUCAAGAAGCUCUGCGUGGUGCGGGAUCUCAGAAGUACCGACAAGAUCGAAAAGUGUUUUCAAAAGGCGCAUCAGAUCUACCGGCAGUGCCAAUUAUACGUUAUCGAGAAGGACUACGAUCAUGCAUACAUCAUGCUGCUACAGCUCGUCGAGUUGUUUCAGAAAAAGAUGCCUGGCCAUCGCGAGUUCCGCGUCGCGCGGUUUGAAAAAGAUCGCAAGUUGCUCGAGAAGAAAUGCUACGACGCGUUGGCGUUGCUGGAUCGCAUUUUGGACGGCAUGUUCCACGAAGAACUCGAGCACUUGCAGCAUGCCCACGAUGAAGAAGAACACAUCAUGGCGAUGCAUCCCGACGCCGAGUUUCCGUCAGCUCCCGCCAAGGACGCUGUCGCAUCUGCUUUGGAAGGAAGGCUCAUGGCGUUGAAAGGCAAACCGGCGCCGGUCGCACAGUCUGUUGCUUGUCAAGAUCGGGGCAAUGCCUUUGAAGUGCUUCGCAUGGCGCCUACCCAUCCAAGCCGCACUGUUUCCCACGACGCCCACCAUCUCCACCACUUUUCUCCCACGCAAAUAUCCACAACAACGUUCCAUGCUCCGCCAGUCAGUUAUCCUUCACUCGCAACGGCUCGGCCGUCGUGGCUAACGACUGUGGGCAACGGCCAAACCCGUCGAUCGUCUAUCCAAAGCAAAGCCCUUCGCAUGCGAGAUGAAGUCCGCGACAUGGCGAUUCCAUCGUCGUUGGUGGCAGAGUUCACUCGCAUUGCUGAGCCAAAUACACGACGAUUGCCGCACGGAGUGGAAACGUGCGGCAUCUUGGCAGGCACAUUGAAAGAUCAAUCUCUGUCCAUCACGACGCUGAUCAUCCCGAAACAAGAGGGCACGUCGGACACGUGCAACAUGACGCACGAAGAAGAACUCUUUGCGUACUGCAUCCAGCACGACUUGCUCACGCUCGGGUGGAUUCACACGCAUCCAUCGCAAACGUGCUUUUUGUCGUCCGUGGACAUCCACACUCAAUGCGGCUUUCAGUCGAUGCUGUCCGAGGCGAUUGCAAUUGUCGUCGCUCCACGAGAUCCUGUGAAAAAUGUCGGUGUCUUUCGAUUGACCACGCCUCAUGGCAUCGAACUGAUCCAGAACUGCAACCUCACGGGGUUCCAUGAACACCCGUCCAACGUAGACAUCUACUCGGACGCGAUGCACCUGACGUGGGACACACAUCGUCAUGCUGACGUUGUAGAUAUGCGACGCUUCGAAUGAUCAUCAUGUCGCUCGAUCGUGAUAACAUAGUUACGCUGCUUACGAGUGUUUGACUUUUCCAACAACGGGCGAUGGAACCGCGUUGUCCUUGGCAGCCGCAGCAUCUUCUCGAAAUGCUUCGAUGAUAUACGCCACAAUGACAACGUUCACAACUCCAAUUGCGCCAAACCCACUGCCGAACGAUUCAAGUGAAACACGUGGGGGCAAAAAGUUGUGUGAUGCAUUCUUACC